GCCUCUGCCUUCGGCAGCCAAAGGGCUGGAAGAAACAGACCGGAGAGAGGGAGACGGGGAAGGGAAAAGGGCGUUCGCGCAUGCGCCUCGAAACUGCCGCCUGCUAUUCCCCAGACCCGACCUUGUAUGCGGGGCGGCAGCGGCGCGGGGAUGGGGCGCGAAGCGGGGCCCGAAUGACACCGGAGGCCCGGAGCCGAGCUUAGCGCAGCCACGGGACCCCCCACCCACGCACCCCACGCCCUCAGGCAUAAUGGACAGGUAACAAGAUAUAGUUCUGCUGUGGUGUCAGAGAGUAAGAAUGACGGAGUGCUUCCUGCCUCCAACCAGCAGCCCCAGCGAGCACCGCAGGGUGGAGCAUGGCGGGAGUCUUGCCCGGACCCCAAGCUCUGAAGAAAUCAGUCCAACAAAAUUCCCUGGCUUAUAUCGAACUGGUGAGCCUUCACCACCUCAUGACAGCCUUCAUGAACCUCCAGAUAUUGUAUCUGAUGAUGAGAAAGAGCACGGGAAGAAAAAAGGAAAAUUUAAGAAGAAAGAGAAAAGAACGGAAGGCUACGCAGCUUUCCAGGAAGACAGCUCUGGGGAUGAAGCCGAAAGCCCUUCCAAGUUAAAGCGCUCCAAAGGGAUUCAUGUUUUCAAGAAGCCAAGUUUCUCCAAAAAGAAGGAAAAGGAUUUUAAGAUCAAAGAAAAACCCAAAGAUGAAAAGCAUAAAGAGGAUAAACACAAGGAAGAAAAGCACAAAGAGAAAAAAUCAAAAGACUUGACAGCAGCAGAUGUUGUUAAACAGUGGAAAGAGAAGAAGAAAAAGAAAAAGCCAGCUCAAGAGGCAGAGGUACCACCGGUGGAUAUCCCCAGACAUCGCCCUGUGUUUGGAAUCCCUUUGGCAGAUGCAGCAGAAAGGACCAUGCUGUACGAUGGCAUCUGCCUGCCAGCAGUUUUCCGGGAAUGUAUAGAUUACGUAGAGAAAUAUGGCAUGAAAUGCGAAGGCAUCUACAGAGUUUCAGGAAUUAAAUCAAAAGUGGAUGAGCUAAAAGCAGCAUAUGACCGAGAAGAAUCCCCCAACCUGGAGGAAUAUGAGCCCAACACUGUAGCCAGCUUGUUGAAACAGUAUCUGCGGGAACUGCCUGAGAACUUGCUUACCAAAGAGCUGAUGCCUCGCUUUGAAGAUGCUUGUGGGAAGAGCCUGGAGGCUGAGAAACUGCAGGAGUGCCAGCGUCUCCUGAAAGAGCUGCCCGAGUGUAACUUCCUCCUGAUCUCCUGGCUGAUUGUGCACAUGGACCAUGUCAUUGCAAAGGAACUGGAAACAAAAAUGAACAUCCAGAACAUUUCCAUAGUGCUCAGUCCAACAGUUCAGAUCAGCAACCGUGUCCUGUAUAUGUUUUUCACUCAUGUCCAAGAAUUCUUUGGUAAUGUGGUUCUAAAACCUGUGACAAAGCCUCUUCGCUGGUCUAAUAUGGCAACAAUGCCAGCAUUGCCAGAAACACCGGAAAGCAUCAAAGAAGAAAUUAGACGACAGGAGUUCCUUUUGAACUGUUUGCACCGAGACCUACAGGUGGGGAUCAAAGAUUUAUCCAAAGAGGAGAGAUUGUGGGAAGUGCAAAGAAUUCUGACUGCUCUCAAAAGGAAGCUAAGAGAAGCUAAAAGACAAGAGUGUGAAACAAAGAUUGCACGAGAGAUCGCCAGCCUUUCAAAGGAGGACGUUUCCAAAGAGGAAAUGAAUGAGAAUGAAGAGGUUAUUAAUAUUCUGCUCGCUCAGGAGAAUGAGAUUUUGACAGAACAAGAAGAGCUGCUGGCGAUGGAACAGUUUUUGCGCCGACAAAUUGCCACUGAGAAGGAGGAGAUAGAUCGCCUCAGAGCAGAAAUAGUUGAAAUGCAAAGUCGCCAGCAUGGUCGAAGUGAAACCGAAGAAUAUUCAUCUGAGAGUGAGAGCGAGAGCGAAGAUGAGGAAGAGCUGCAGAUAAUCUUGGAAGAUUUGCAAAGGCAGAAUGAAGAACUGGAGAUUAAGAACAACCAUCUGAACCAGGCGAUUCAUGAGGAGCGUGAGGCCAUCAUUGAACUGCGAGUACAGCUUCGGCUCUUGCAGAUGCAGCGAGCAAAAUCAGAGCAGCAGGUGCAGGAAGAAGAAGAGCUUGAGAAGCGGGGAGGCACAUCGCCACAGCCGCCGCAGCCGCCAAGAGACGUCCUCUCGGAGACAAAGACCGCAAAAGAGCCGCCAAAAGCAAUCAAGGAGCCAGUGAAGCCAUCACCAAGCAAAGACCGAAAGGAAACGCCAAUUUAAUUGGAUUCCUAAGGUAUUCAGGAUAUUGCCUGGGCAAAGCCAGGACUGUGCAACUUACUGUAAAUCUGAGGCUUGUAUAUUCUGUAAAUACUUUCUCUUUUACACCCUGGAGACAUUUUGUCUCCUUCCUACCUGUGGCUUCUGCCUAUCAGGCUCAGGUAACUUGGAAGGACAAAGCAAUGAGAGGUGGGCAGGAGGGUGCAGCGGAGCGGUUACUUGGCCAUGUCAGACGUUGACUUCAGGUGACCUUCAGUGAUUCGGGGGGGGGGUGUUCUUUCAAAACAACUAGUUAACCGCUUUGAAGCAGUCUUGGGUGACAAUGCAUGAGAAUUGUCUGCCCACGGGCUGCUUCACACAUGACACUCACUACAUAGGUGUAGGAAAAACCACAUACCAAGCCAGGUAUUUAACAACUCACCUGGUAGCCAUUAGCAACCAGGAAUUGCAUGCAGGCAAGUGAGCAGACUGGGGAAGAGGAACACAUUGCGCCAUCCAUCUUUUGCCAGUCUACUUUGUUUCCAUGCAAAAUGGAAAACCCCUUUCUCUGCAACUAGCACGGAAGCCAAGCAGGCUGGCGGAAGAGGGACAGAUCGCUCCUUCCGUUCUCCGCUUAUCCACUUGAUGGAAGGCAUUUUGUUCCGAGCCUGUUAAUGGGGUAGUAGCCUGCAGUUUCCUGCUGGUCACGGAGAAGGGGGCUUCUCUUCCUCUUAAGCCAGGAUUGGAAACUCAAGCUCCUAGCCUCUUAUCAGACUGGUAACUUUGAUGGAAUUAUUUACAAGGCAGCACAUACCCAUGUGUGUGUCAUGUGCAGAUCAUGGUUGUGUCUAUUUUCCUGUGUGCAAACAUGUUUGGGAUCCAAAACUGUUGGUAGCAAAACACAUAUGAAUACACCGUGUAGGUAAAACAUCCUGUGUGAAGUGGCUCUUGUGUGAUAAUUGGGAGACCCACCCAUAACUGUACAUUACUUGCUUUGUGAAUUACUUUGCUCUCAUUCAUUGUAAUUUCUGCUUAUACUCACUCUUGCUUGUGCCUUUUGGUAACAGGAACUUUAUAAAAUAGAUUUGUCCUGAGCAGGUGGAAGGUCUACAAGUGCAAAACAUUAGUUAUUUAACAUUUUCACCUUCUCCUAAGAAUUUUUU